UGCGCGUGCGCCGUGUCCCGCCCGCCUUUUAGCCGUUGGCAGUCCAGUCGGAGUGUGAGGGGAAGAGAGCGAGAGAGACAAAAUGGCGGCGACGACGACGACAACGACGGGAAGCGGGUCGGCGGCGGCACCACCACCACCACCACCGACGACGACGACCACCACUGCGGUGCCACCGGCGGCGGCGGCGGCGUCAGCGGCGGCGUCGGCGGGUAACGAGGGGAUCCUGAUCGGCGACCGAGUCUACUCCGAGGUCUUCCUGACCAUCGACAACUCGCUGCUGCCCGAGGAGAAGCUGUCGCUGACCCCGUCCAUGCAGGACGGCCUGGACCUGGAGGUGGAGACCGACCUGCGCAUCCUGGGCUGCGAGCUGAUCCAGUCGGCCGGCAUCUUGCUGCGCUUGCCUCAGGUGGCCAUGGCUACGGCGCAGGUCCUCUUCCAGCGCUUCUUCUUCUCCAAGUCCUUCGUCAAGCACAGUUUCGAGAUUGUUGCUAUGGCUGGUAUCAAUCUUGCAUCGAAGAUCGAAGAAGCGCCACGCCGUGUGAGAGACGUGAUAAAUGUGUUUCACCAUUUACGCCAGCUGCGAGGCAAAAGGACUCCAGCAUCGCUGGUACUUGAUCAAAACUACAUUAACACCAAAAACCAGGUCAUCAAAGCUGAGAGGCGAGUGCUGAAGGAAUUGGGGUUUUGUGUUCAUGUAAAGCAUCCACACAAGAUCAUAUUUAUGUAUCUCCAAGUGCUUGAGUGUGAACGCAAUCCAACUCUGGUCCAAACAGCCUGGAAUUAUAUGAAUGACUGUCUCCGAACCAAUGUAUUUGUCCGGUUUAAUCCAGAAACUAUAGCUUGUGCUUGCAUCUAUCUUGCCGCUAGAGCUCUACAGAUAUUAUUGCCAAAUCGCCCUCAUUGGUUUCUGCUUUUUGGUGUAACUGAAGAAGAGAUCCAGGAUAUCUGCACCACAACAUUAAAACUUUAUACACGGAAGAAGCCUAAUUAUGAGUAUUUGGAGAAGGAAGUGGAGAAGCGAAAAGUUUCCUUGCAGGAAGCCAAGUUAAAAGCCAAAGGGCUGAAUCUUGAUGGCACGCCUGCUCUCUCUACACUGGGAGGCUUCUCUCCUGGUUCUAAACCAGCUUCACCUCGGGAAGCAAAGAUUGAGGAGAAGACACCUGCUAUGCAGGGCCUUAAAGCUAUUAAAAAAGAGUCAGAAGACCGGCAGUUGAACUCCAAAAGUCCUUACAAUGGGCUCAGAAAAGAAAACCGGAGCCAAAACAGUAGGAGCGUCAGCCACUCAAGGUCACGGACACGAUCAAGGUCACAUUCCCCGAGAAGGCACUAUAAUAGAAGAAGCAGGUCUGGGACAUACAGCUCUCGGUCAAGAAGCAGGUCCCAUAGUCGCAGUAUCUCCCCACGUCGGCAUCAUAUCCACACAUCACCCCACAUCAAAGCAAAACUGCAGCGUAAUGAAGAGAACAAGAGCUCUGCUAGGCAUGGUCACAAAAGGAAGAAAUCUCAGAGUAGAUCGCAUUCCCGCAGUAGAUCGAGGGAACACUGUGAUCCUAUAAAGAAACGCAGACAUGCCAAAGAGCACCACAGGGAUAGAAAUGAGCGAUCAAGAUCUUAUGAAAGGUCCCAUAAAGGUAAACACCACAGCAGCAGUCACUCAGGACAUGGUAGGCAUCGUCGAUGAACACUGGAGACUUGAAUUGAUAGCUAAAUGUAAAAUUACGUUCUGUUCAAUGUGUCAUGUAUGUAUGGGCUGUAUGUAAAUGACGUUUUUCAUAAGACGUUUGUUUAAAGACAAGUUCUUUAGUUUAUAUGUAAGGAUCAUUAAUGAAAAUUUGCACACUUUCAGAAAUAUAGAAACUUUAUUUGACAGUGUACAGUUAACCAUGGACAGAUUUAUGUAUGCAGAGUUUUUUGUGUUCUACAGAAAGUGAAAGGAGAUGGCUGUAGAAUUGUACCUUAUUUUUAUACAAAGAAUAUGGAAACUGGUAUAUUUAAGUAUAAGUUGGUCCUUUUGUUUAAACUGGUGAUUACUUCGUUGGACUGGUUUUUAGUCUGCAUGUGGUCAUACAUUUUUACACAAAAAUAAAGGUUUGAAAAAGAA